AUGGACAUACCCAUAGUGAUCACCAAAGCCAAUGCUAACUUUAUAAAAUACAUCAAAGUGUCUGAUCCAGUUAUACACGACAAUUCUGCGGUGCAUUGUGGGUUGUUUAUCAAGAAACCAGAUUUUGAAAGGCUGGAAAUAACAUAUAGGAAACUGCGGUCAAAUGAUAGAGAAUGCUUUAUCCAGGAUAUUCGAAAAUCAGAAUUAGCAAAUUAUAACAAGUUUGAGAAUGUCUCUGCUCUCGUAGACUGCUAUGACAGCACAUUAUCGAGGUUACUUGAGCAACACGCGCCUGCUAAGAAAUGUGUUGUUACUAUACGACCUGCUGCGCCGUGGUAUAACGAUCAGAUCAGAGCGGGAAAAGUAUAA